AUGCUUCAUUUCCAGACACCUAAAAAAUGUUCACUACCAUCUCCUGGAAAUCCACACUUAUUCGCAUCCAAUCCAGAAAUACCAAAAGCAAAAUUUAGCUUACCUCCGUUGUCUUCAAUUCUAUCUUCAGCUCACUCGGACCACUAUAGGGAUCACCCUUUAACAACUCAAACACAAUCUUGCUAUACCAAGUUAUCUCCAAUCAGUUCCUCCGUGAGUACACCGAUAUCUGCUCCUUCACUAAUUACUUCUUCAACGACUAAGCCAUUUCACACCAUAAAGACACUGCACGUAUAUCCAACAUUACCCUUGUAUCAAAAACAAAAACAAAAACAACAACAACAACAACAACCUCCUCCUCCUCCUCCUCCUCCAUACCACAGCACAACCUUGCUGUCCAUGUUUACUCCGCCACCAACAACGGAAAAGGCAGAAUUUGGUGGUUAUGAGAAAUCAUUUUCGAGUAUUGAGGAUACCUCUUCUAUCAUGGACACAAGUCUACUUGAGCUUCGCAAAAACAACUCCUCCUCCUCAUCAUCAUCAUUUUCUUCUUCUUCUUCUUCGACAUCUUCGACAUCUUCUUGUUUUCCCUCCUCGUCGACAACCUCCAUUUCUUCGCUAUCGGAAAAAUUGGUAUCAUCUAAGUCGUCCAUCGUCAACAACGAUAAGGCGUAUGCAUUUAUAUCUCAUUCUCCUGCUACGUUUCCAUCACAAGAGCCUGCCAUUGAUAAUGCCCCAUUGGCUAGAAGGAAAAGAAGAAGAACUUCUCCAUACGAGUUGAGUAUCCUUAAUCAAGAAUUUGAACUAGGAUCAACACCAAAUAAACUACAAAGAAUCAAGAUAGCUAAGAAAGUCAGUAUGACUGAAAAGGCAGUACAGAUUUGGUUUCAGAAUAAGAGACAAUCUUUGAGAAAACAGAAUAAUUAUGAAAAGGAAGUCUGUGAAUUGCCUCCUACAGAUGUUUCUGUGCAGCUGCAACUGCAACUGCAACAAGAACUGCUGCUGCUGCUGCUGCUGCUGCUGCUGCAACGGACAAGUAUAGGCUCUUUUGUGUCAUCAACACCAAUUAAACCUACACUCAACAAAUCUAUCUCAUUCAAUGACACGCCACAUCAGCCACAACUGCUAAUACAGCAACAACGUCUUGCGCCAUUAUCACGAUCUUUUUCCCAUUCAACAUUACAAUUUAAGCAUAUCUCAACUCCAGUUCAGCAAGACACAUACCCCUCACUAGUAAUAUCAAACGAAUUUAUGUUGGAAACUAAACCAAUCACGUCUAAUCAGUCAAUGCACACAUUAAUAGAAACUAAUAAAAAACAGCCACAUGCUCUAAAUGGUUCAUCUACGAGCACAAUGACUUUUAAAUUGAUGCCUAACAAAAUCACACAGAAAUUGAGAGUAGAAUCCGAGAGAAGAGUAUUGGGAGAUAUUACAAAUAAGUACUAA